AUUACUUUAACAUUAUACCUAGUUAGGAAGCUAUUUAAAAUUAAAAGAGCCGAACAACUAGAGGCAGUCAAGAAGAUGGUUAAAAUUGAAGAAAGUAAACAACAAAAAAUGGUGAAGACUGUUACAAAAACAAUUUUUGAUGUGAUGCUGAAAAGCCGAGCAGUGUUAGAAAACUCAGGUUACACUCCAGGAGUCAGCGAAUUUCCAGAGUCAGAAUCUGUCAAAGAUGCUCUGUCUCUUAUCAUUGAGAACACAGCUCUGAUAGCUGAAAUCGUCCUGAGAUUGCCAGAUGUUACCGAACAAGUUCUACGCUCAAAUACUGAUUGGUCCUCUAUCUUACCGUGGAGUCUAACUUUUUGCAAGGAAUCUCGUCUACUGGAUAGCUCUACCAGCAAACUUUUCAAUUUGGUUAGUCAAGAACUCAAUUUUACCCAAAGAGGACCAGACUACACAAACCCAUAUAGAAAAAUCAAACAGCAGCCCAAGGCAAAUGCAGGGAUUGAACCUGUCAAGAAGAAGAAAACUCCCUUGCCUCGAGGUCCAAGAUUAACUUUACGACAAGAUUUAUAGAAUUCACUUGAUAACUCUUAGGCACCAACAAAAAUAGUAUUUUUGAUGAGGAACUCAUGGUUUGGGAUAAUCAUUUGAUAACUGUACUAGUCACAUAUUUCAACAUGUUAUUUCUAAAAAUGUUUAAUUGUAUGACAAUAGGUAUAUGUUGAACAACAAAGGUACGCAUAUCAGAAUAACCGUGUGUCAUAAGAUUUUUUACUAGAACCUUCACUUAAAUUUCAUCUUAGUUAUUGUAUUUGUUAAAUUUUACCAACUAGAGCAGUUUUAGUAACUGAGGGAAUUGUUAAAGACUUUUAGUAAAUAAUUGAUUAUUAACAAAAUAAUCUUUUGUUACAACUUUUUUUGUGUUGUUCUAGCUUGGUUACAAAUAUUAACUAGGUUUGUAUAGAUAACAAUUGAGGCAAUAGCCUACACUAUUAUUGUCGGUUUAGCCUUCCUCAAAAAUAAGUUUAAUGUUCCAAAAUGUUAUGUGUUAGCAUUUAAAUUCACCAAAGUGCAUUUGUUUUUCUACUGUGGCAUUUACUGUUUAUACACUAUUUGUAAAUA